ACAUGCUUGCUCUCCUUGAACGCACCAUGGACCUGCUAGUGGAGAGGUCCACGGGCCAUGCAUGCCAUAGUCCAUGCACGCACGCACGCACGUACGUGUGUGUGUCACUGAACUAGAGAUUCAGUGGUGUGUGUGCGUGUGCAGACUAGACCGGAGACUAGACCCAUAUACAAAUGACAACGGCUAGCUGAAAGUAGAAUAUUCUGCAAGUCUCUGGCCUGGGGCUAAAUAAAACUAAAGUUAAAGACUGACUCGGAUCCUCUUUGGCUUCACCGGCUGCCUGUAGGAGAAAGGAUAUAGCUUUAACUGCGUGUCUACUUGUAGAAGACGUCACUCACACAAAACAUGGCAACAAGAAUCGGACUUCUCCUAAAAUAUAGAAAAGUUGGAGCUUUAUGUGCUGUCGUUGGAGGAGGGAUUAUCUGCCAUGGCAUCUACAAGACAAAGAAUAACUUGGUACUGGCCAAGACAACGUUGGGAUCAUCUUCCGUCGCCCAGGCCAAGGAACUCAUGGCAGAUCCUAUCACUGAUAUCAAAAUUCUAGAAAAGGAGGACAAAAUGAAAGCAAAGAUGGAACUCUUCAUUAUGAAAACACAGGCCAAAAUCUGCAAAGCUCUGGAGGAAAUAGAAGGAGAGAAGAGGUUCAAGAUUGACAGAUGGGAAAGAUCUGAGGGAGGAGGGGGUAUCACGUGUAUCAUGGAGGACGGAGAGGUGUUUGAGAGAGCCGGUGUUAACAUCUCGGUCGUACAUGGCAAGCUGUCCUCCAAGGCCGCGGCACAAAUGAGAGCAAGGGGGAAGCCCCUGACACCUGGCAAAGAGCUCCCAUUCUUCGCUACAGGUAUCAGCUCUGUCAUUCACCCACGCAACCCCAUGGUGCCUACACUGCAUUUUAACUACCGUUACUUUGAAGUGGAGCAAGACGGAGAGUCCCAGUGGUGGUUUGGCGGGGGUACAGACUUGACCCCCUACUAUCUAGAUGAAGAGGAUGCAACACAUUUUCAUCGAACGCUGAAGGCUGCCUGUGACCUUCACGACCCCGAGUACUAUUCAAAGUUCAAAGAAUGGUGCGACAACUACUUCGUCGUGGAAUUCAGAGGUGAAAGGAGAGGUCUUGGUGGAAUAUUCUUUGAUGAUGUCGAUCAACCAACUCAAGAAAAAGCAUUUUCGUUUGUCAAAAGUUGUGCAACGGCAAUCCUACCUUGUUACAUUCCUAUCGUUACCAAACACCUGAAAGAUCCGUAUGGAUAUAAAGAAAGGCAAUGGCAGCUUUUAAGGAGAGGAAGGUAUGUAGAGUUCAACCUUGUAUAUGACCGUGGUACCAAGUUUGGCCUGUUCACUCCAGGAGCAAGAAUAGAGAGUAUUCUCAUGUCACUUCCUCAGACGGCUAAAUGGCAAUACAAGCACUCGCCACAAGAGGGCAGCAGAGAGGCGAAGCUGAUGGAGAUCUUAAAGAAUCCAAAGGAUUGGGUCUGAGUGUAAUUUGUAUCAAAUCUUUGUGCAAUCAUGAUUCCAAGACAGUGCUGGGCGAUAUUUCGAUAUUAUCAAAAUUAUGCGAUAUUGAAGAAAUAUUUAAUAAUGGUUUUAUGAUUAUGUUGAUAUGUUGCGGGAAUAUGCCCAAUAUUGGCAAUUAUGACAAGUUAAUCACUAUUUUAUUGACCAAAAAUGCUGUUCAGUACCAACUCAGAACGUAUAAUGAAUUUUCAGACACAGCAAUGUGUUGUGUUAUCAACAAUAUUUUGCUGCUGAUAAUUGAUUAACUUUGAAAUUGAAUAUCGACCAGCACUACCUAGACAUUAUCAUUUAAACCUUGUUCAUUAAAUGAUUUGUUAAAUGGGCCUUUUCACACGUGAAUCUUGAAUCAUUAUUGUAAUGAUGAUUGCAAUUCAUCUUUAGAAUCAUCGGACCUUUCACACGCUCACUCGAAAACUGAAUUCGCGAGCAAAGGCGGUAAGUGUCCUUGGUGACUUGUCGACCAAAGCACUGCAUCGCAAAUACAAACUACGACGAGUGCAUGACAAUCGUAUUAUCUACAGAAGUGCUUAAAAGGUCACGUAAGCUCCGCCCCCAAAUGAUGUUUUUGAGGUCAAGCCUUUCACACGCAAAAUUUAUAAUUUGAGUGAAACAUGGAAUUACCUUUGGAGGAGAAUUUGAAUUUGUGAUUGUGAUUAGCGUUUGUGAUUCGAGUUUGGUUUCACACGUGCUAAAAAUUUGUCCUAAGCCUUAUUUUUCACUGGCAUCAUAAUUCAAGUUAUGAUUUUUUUUUACCGUGUGAAAGGGCGGUUAGUAUGAUGUAGAGUAGUUUCAGUUGAUGUCACAGGGGAGGGCAUAACAAUGGGGAAACCUGUGCAUUAAACCUUAAUACCUCAGUCUCAUUCGCUCUACGACAGCCGCACGGCUAGUAGAAAACAGCCAUUUUAGCAGUACCAGCUACAAUUACUUUAGGUUAUUUGAAUAGAAAUGAAUAAAAUGGCUGUUUUCGACUUGCUGGAUGCAUGGCUAGCCAUGCGUUGGUAAUUACUUAUGCAUGGUUGUAAAGAAAUGAUUUAGCCCCAAAAAAUCCAACAUUUUAUAAAACAAAUGAUACUACGUGCGGCCGCUGUAGAAAAAUGUGACAGGUAUUAAGUUCAAGUCCACCCCAGCAAAAUGUUGCUUUGAAUAAAAAGAGAGAUUUCAAACAAGCAUAAAACUGAAAAUGUCAUCAAAAUCGGGUGUAAAUUAAAGUUCUGACAUUUUUAAGUUUUGCGUGAGUUCACAAAACAGUUUUAUGCACAUCCUGGUCAGCAUGAAAAUGAGGGGACUGAUGUCGUCAACUACUCAGUAUUUCUUUGGUAUUUUAUUACAAUUACGUCAGCACCCCCAGUUUAAAAAAAAAUGAGAAUGAGGUCUAAAAUCCAUGUUGGCGUUCACGAUUAAUGGUCCACUGAAAGUUAUCAUUGGUCUAUUGAUAUUUGUAUGUUAGAAAAUGUUGUAGAUUCUCAUAAUACUGAAAUGCUCCCUAACUAAAAUUGAGCGUGCAAACGUUUGCAUUUCUGUCUAACAGUUUGACUCUCAAUUUACACAGAUUUUACCAUGUAACCUCUUGGUCUUGCUCUGUUUUUAAUAAUAAUUAUAGAAUGGGUAUCAUGCGUGUAUUAUCAACGCAUGGCCAGCUAUGCACCCUGUAAAUUUGCCAUGCGUCCGUUAAUUCAUUAUGCAUGGCAAAUUUACCGGAUGCAUGGCUAGCCAUGCGUCGGUAAUUACUUAUGCAUGGUUGUAAAAAAGAUGAUUUUAGCCAAAAAAAAUUCCACCAUUCUAUAAAACAAAUAAUACACAGGAUUGUUGGUGCAUCGGUAGGACUAGUGAGCAUGGGGUAACCAUGGAAACUAGUCCAAACCAAAUCGGCUGUGCCUCAUGGGUUUAACAAUAACAGUUCCAUAGUUACCUUAUGCUCACAAAGCCUACCGACGCACUCACAUCUAUGCAUCAUUUGUAAUACUGUUCGAGGAUAAUCAGUACAAUAUAUUUGCUUUCACAGAACACUCUUCUAAACAAAUAGCAAUGUGCUUUUUGCAUAAAUGAUGUUUUGCUAUUAUUGUCACAUUUUAUUUUACUUUACCAUGUCAGUGUAAUAGUUCAUUGUCUUCUAUUUCAACUCGUGUGAAUAAAUCGAUUUUGUGAAUUUGGGCUUCCAAAAAUUAGCUUUGAUGCAAACACAUUGAAUGUGGUUUAAUCAUUUUGGGUAGGCUAAAUUUAAGGAGGCCUAUAGAGCUAAUCAAUGUGCUUUACUAAACAUACAGCUGAAUUUUAUAUUCUAUAUGCUCAUGGUAAAACCAUACUUUCUUUUAAGCUACCUUUGUGAAUUGGUUUCUGUGUUGUAUCACUUUACCCUCAGGCAAAAGCUAGAUCUGGUGUGUGACCAGAAAAAAACAAAAAAACACAGGUUACCCUUAAAAUUUGACUUUAUGUUGUGAAUUGUAAUGCAAUAUCUUUACUUUCAUAUUAUUGUUGUUAGUAAUGUAAUACUAAUUAUUAUUAUUAUCAUCAUCGUUAUUAUUGUGGUUAAUAUUAAUUUAAUAAUUUCGGCAAAUAGAUAUAUAUCCAAUUUGUACAAUGCAAUACAACAUAAUAAUGAAUAUAGCAGAGCAUAGAUUGAGCACCCACUGGACUACCAGGGUCAAAUAAAGUAAUAUGCAUUACUGUAGUCAGUGAAGAUCAUUUGAACCUAUCCAGUGGGUGCUUGAUAAAAGAUAAAGUUGAUUAAAAAAAUUAAGUACGAACAACAACGUUGGUGAACAAUAUAAUAGAAGAUUAACAUCUUAAUGUAAUAAAUGUUAACUUCACUUUGACUUAACUUAGCUAUACAUGAAUUACAUUGUUUAGUUUUAUUCCUUGAUAUAUAUAUAUAUAUAGUGCUGGUUGAUAGUAUACCCUUAAUAGUUAUUAUUAAAGUUAUGCCAUGUAUGUAAAUAUCAAUAUAAUUUUUUAGGAUAUGUUUCUUUCGGCUGCUAAGCAUGAACUCUUAUGAAUAAUAAUUAAAUAAGGAAUCAGUAAUACAGGAUGUAAAUAUAAAUGAAUAAAAGGGUGAAUAAAUAAAUGAAUAAUUUAAUACAUAAAUAAAUGAAAAGAUAAAUUACCAGAUGAAAAUAGGAAACCUAAGACAGAAAUGAAUUGAUUUUGAAUGAAUUGAAGAAGGAAAAGAUACUGCCAUGUAAAAUAACAAAAAUAAAGAAUGGAGGAAUGUUAAAAUGAGCAAAAAAUAGAAAGCCAUCUUUUUGUUAGCCAACAUCGUAUUUUGGAUAUUGUUGUUUGACAAGUUUCUGUAGUGUAUUAUAUUAUUAGGAUUGACUUUACCAAAAAGAUGCCUUAAGAAAAUAUAGGGCAUUAAUCAAGACUCGUAUGUCAUUAAAAACAGUUUUGUAGUGUUUUUUUUUUUACUUUCACAAAGAUGCAAUGAAAUAUGUUGUACUACUACUACGUAGUAAUUGAAACGUAAAUUGAAAAUUUAUAUUUUAAACAAAUAUCUAAAUGACAAUUCAUCGGCUCCCUAGACAAACGUUCCUCUUAACUAUUGUUAGUCCACCUCCCUUUGUAUUUUUUUUCUUUUUGUCUCCUUCCUUUUCUCGUUUUUUAUUAUUUUUUUUCUUCACAUAUUGAUAUUGAAACAAGUUGACAAUUACUUAUAUUUAAUUAUUAGGGAAACUAUAAAUUACAAGCUCUGCUUUUUAAAUAGUUUUGCCCUUCAUAUUCUCAUCUUAUUGAUAUAUCUGUCUCCAAUCCAAACGUUCAAUUGUAUAACAUUUGUCUGAUUUAUUAUGAAUUAUGUUGAUGUAUUGUACAAUGAUUUACUGUCUUUCGAUGGACGUUACAUUGUACAAUGUAUUUGAUAUUUUAUGAGAUAUGAAAAUAAACCAAACUGAACUGAACUGUACUACUACUAAUAAUAAUAAUGUGUGACACACAUGAUGUAAUGAUACAAAAUAAAUUAUGAAUAAAAAAAUAAA